UUCUCUUUUAAUCUUACUUUGACGGACUGACUCUGAUAACCACUCCAUAAUCUUAUACUUUGAAGAGAAUUCUUUCAGUCAUUGAUAGCAGCGCUUUAAAGAACAGUGUUUGAGAUGCAAUCGACAUUAUCAUUUUUCGUUACUUUUGUCAUGCACGAUAAAUACUGAAAAUGCACAGUGUACUUUUGUCCCGUAGUUUGAAAAUUCAUAUACUAUGCCAGAAAUUGAGAUCCAUAACACCAAGUGAUAUUUGGAUACUACAAAAUCAAUGGGGUUGCAGAUUGGAUCCUUAUCGGUAUGUUCACACACGACCGAGGCCGAGUCGUGCACCAUUCACGGACCGCAGUCAAUUGAAACACGCACGGCGGCUGGUUGUGAAACUUGGUUCCGCGGUUAUAACUCGUGAAGAUGGUCAAGGUAUUGCUCUAGGACGUUUAGCAUCAAUGGUCGAACAAGUGGCUGAACGUCAAAUAGAGGGCCGUGAAUGCAUCAUGGUCAGUAGUGGUGCCGUUGCUUUUGGAAAGCAGAAACUUACACAAGAACUACUCAUGUCGAUGUCUAUGCGAGAAACCCUCAACAAUACCGACCACACUCGGCAACAAGUUGGUACAUUACUGGAGGCCCGAGCAGCAGCUGCAGUGGGUCAAUCGGGUUUAAUGUCCCUUUACGACGCAAUGUUUGCACAGUACGGAGUGACAAUUGCUCAAGUGUUAGUAAGAAAGGCUGACUUUCACAAUGAAGUAACACGCAAAAAUCUCUCCCGUACACUCAAUGAGCUGAUCAGCUUGAACAUAGUUCCGAUUAUAAAUACAAACGAUGCAGUCACGCCUCCGUUUUUAGCAGAUGUAGACAUAGCAGCUGGUGGAGAGCGCCGAGGGAUUCCAAUCAACGAUAAUGAUUCCCUAGCGGCUAUGUUGGCAGCUGAAGUCGAAGCUGACCUGUUGAUUUUUGUCAGCGAUACUGAUGGAAUUUAUAAUAUACCUCCUGGCUAUGACAGUGCGAAGAAGCUCCAUACAUUCACCUCUGAUCAUCGAGAAACCAUUAAAUUCGGUCAACAAUCUAAAGUUGGUACGGGCGGAAUGGACUCCAAGGUAAAUGCUGCUUUGUGGGCUUUGGAUCGAGGCGUAUCAGUGGUGAUCUGCAGUGGAUCACAUGAACGAGCAAUCAAAAGUGUAAUGAUGGGUAGAAAAAUAGGAACUCUUUUUACAGAGUCUUCUGGAUCCGCGCAGCCAAUUGAGGUAGUUGCAGAAAAUGCUAGAGCAGGCAGCAGAAUUCUACAGUCUUUGAUGCCUGAACAGCGUGCGGCGGCUAUCAACACUCUCGCAGAUCUCCUCAAGUCUAGACAAUCUGAAAUAUUGGCCGCCAACGCGAACGAUCUUGAGGAUGCCCGUAAGGUCGGACUUGCAAAACCGUUGUUAAACAGAUUGUCUCUGACACCAUCUAAACUUCAAUCGCUCUGCGCCGGACUUCGACAAAUUGCUGAUAGUUCCCUGAUGAACGUGGGCCGAGUUUUAAAAAAAACUAAAAUUGCAGAAGAUCUUGAACUAAAGCAAAUAACUGUACCCAUUGGAGUUCUUCUUGUGAUCUUCGAAUCAAGGCCUGAUAGUUUGCCACAAAUAGCGGCAUUAGCCAUGGCUAGUGCCAAUGGCUUGUUACUAAAAGGUGGAAAAGAAGCACGGCAUAGUAAUCGCUGCCUAAUACAACUUGUCAAAGAAUCUCUAGAAAUUGUUGGUGCUUCCAAUGCAAUUUCAUUGGUUUCAACCAGGGACGAGAUUGACGAUUUACUAUCCAUGGAAAAACAUAUAGAUCUAAUAAUUCCUAGAGGGAGUUCAGAACUUGUUAGGUUCGUACAAACACAGGCGAAACAUAUUCCUGUGCUAGGACAUGCGGAUGGAAUUUGUCACGUUUAUAUAGACAAAGAUGCAGAUCUUCAGAAAGCCACCAAAAUCAUUAAGGACUCGAAGUGUGACUAUCCAGCAGCAUGCAAUGCUAUGGAAACGCUGUUAAUCCAUGAAGAUCUUCUACAGGGAUGUUUCUUCACGGAUAUCUGUAAUACGCUGCAGAAGGAAGGCGUGAAAAUUCAUUCUGGUGCGAGACUUCAAAAGGAAUUGACCUUUGGACCCCCUCCCGCCAAAAGCAUGGGAACUGAGUACGGUGCCCUUGAGUGUACUAUUGAAGUGGUAUCAGAUUUGGAUGAAGCAAUAAAUCAUAUUCACGAGUAUGGAAGCUGUCAUACAGACGUCAUUAUAACAGAAGAUUCGGACGCUGCCGAAUACUUUCUGAGAGAAGUGGAUAGUGCGUGCGUUUUCCAUAAUGCGAGCUCCAGAUUUGCCGAUGGUUAUCGAUUCGGACUCGGUGCUGAGGUGGGCAUUUCAACGUCCCGAAUUCAUGCCAGAGGUCCCGUGGGUGUCGAGGGUCUUCUAACGACCAAAUGGGUUCUUCACGGUAAUGGACAUGCAGUUCAGGACUUCGCCGAGGGUGGACCAUACACAUACAUACAUAAGCCCCUUCCCACCCAAUAAAAGUUUCUCGAAUGUGACUCCUCUUACGUGCUGCACAUUGAAUUCGGUUACAAACGGACUCCACUACCUAUUUGUUAUUGUAACAUUUACUUUGCAAUUUUCCAAGCGCACGCCGAUGGAUCUUCACCCUGUCAGGAAAAAGUUGAAAAUUCAUCGAGCUUCGAUGUUCUUAACUUUCUGUCAAUUUAGAUAGUUCAGCACAAUAUUGAGACAAGAAGUGCAAAAAAAUGAAACGGCUGAUAAAAUUCAGCGUAUUUUUGGCUGACCUGGUCGCAGGACAUUCGCAGAGUUAUGUGAGGAAAGGAAUUGCUUGAUGAGGCAAUUGAAUGGAUCAAUACCGAUGAUUGAUUAAUUUUCCGAUUCAUGAUUGAAUUUCUCAGCAGCUUAUCGGAAGCCGUGUACAGUAGAGGUCAGGCCAUCGUGACGGCGGCGGGGUGUGUGACGUGUGUUAUUGAUAUACAUAUAGUAGUUCUAUUAAUGAAUAGAUCUAUAUCAGCUGAGAAUUCAUCCAUUUUAUUUUCGGGAUAUUCCAGAUAAUUCGUAACGUGGUGUUUACGUUCGAGUCAUCUUCAAACUCCUCGUUCGGCCUCUUGGAGAACCACUACCCAGAAAAGUCCUUACUGAACCGGUCAAAAUGGCCCAAGUCCUGAGUCCAAUCAAAAUGAAUCCAUCCCCUCGCCCUCCCCAAAUGUCCAAUUCAACAAUGCACUGGAUGAAAUAAUCGAACAUAUUACCAGAAUGUGUUUAGCUAACAAACGGAAAUCAAGUAUUUUGUCGGAAGAAUUGUGCCUUCGCACCACCGUAACAUUUGUAACGGAAUUUCACAUUUGGCCUAUUGGAAACUUGUUAACUCAACCCUUUUGCUUAGAUCAGAUAGAUUCUCAAAAAUUUAUUCCAUUGAACGCCAGUUGUCCGUUCACCUCACAGACCAAAGAGGAUUGACUGAAGUAGAAGCUCAGUUCUGGGGGUUUGAGGGACGCCAGCGGCAUCGCUGUACCUCACCCCAGAAGAGGCAGGGCGUUAUACGCAAUGCUGGUGUAUCUGCCCAGCUUUAUUUGCAAAUAAUUUUUAAUCCCUAUCUUACUAUAUACAAUUCUCAUUUUCAAAGUUUCUUUGAAACCGCAGAUUAAGAAACCAUGCGAUUGUUUGUCGAAAAGGGGAAAAAAUGGUAGAACCGAACCUGGUGCUAGGGUUUGUAAUAACGCUUUCCCAAUCUCCUUAAUUUUAAUGGAAGCAUCCUCAUAUUCUCUUUUCUACUCAUCCCAGUGUUACCUAAUUUCAAUAGAAAACAAAAAUUUCCGUGACGUAGAGGACCACACUUCCAUCUUUAACUAGUCUCUCUGAUAGGGGCACUGAGGAAUUGUUGAGCCAGGCAAACACUCCAGUGUGGCGUCCCCGUCGUCACUAGAGAGCGCAAACAGAAACUUAUCGCUAGGAGCAGAACGACUGGCUUGUCGGGCCCUACUGUCGCGUAGACCGCUACUUAUCAUAUAGGGUCCCUAUGACUUCCAUUUUAUUACUAGGUUUUGCCUCUUGCGUUCAAAUAUUGUAUUCAAUAAUUUAAACUUUUGAGGAAACCUUUGCAUUAUUUGAGAUACUUUUGAAGAUAAAAUAACACAGUCUCUUGAGAUGGUUAGUUUCAUAAACUUGUGAGCGGAAACAAGUAAUAAAUCUUAAAAUUUAUUGACGUAACUCAAGCCUCUAAAAUAAAACAUUCUUUGUAUAAUUUUUUGUAAUAGUUUCGAAAUGUAAUUCGAGUCCCACAUCAAACCGUGCAAGUCGUAAAACCUUUUCUCGGAGACAGUCUAAUUUCUCCGAGAGAACCUCAAGUAUUUUCUCUUUCUCUUUAGAAACCACAUGUGAGGGCCUUUUGUUAAAAUCAUGUAGCCCCGGAGACAAAGCUAAGUAAGCCCAGAGGAUCGUGGGGGUGUAGAGCCAACCCCCUAACUGAGUUCAAGGCCAGGAUUGGUCCCCUACUCCUAUUUGUGAAACAGGCCCUUCAUCCUGACGCCUAAGCUAAAAUUUAAGAAUAAUUGUAAGGCAGUUCGACUUCAGACGCCAAAAGAUUAAGUUAAGGCUACAACUUAUGAAUAAAAGUUUCAAUAAUCUAAUCUGACUAAA